AUGGACCAACAGUCUCUUUUUGCUUCAUUUGACAUCGCUUCUUCUAGUUUAAACUGGUCUUCCAACGAUUGUUGUCGAUGGGAGGGCAUCACUUGUGAUAUGGCUGGUAGGGUCACCCAUCUGUUGUUGCCCUCCAAACGCCUCAAAGGAGUCAUUUCUCCAUCUCUUGGAAAUCUCACGCAUCUCUCCUACCUCAAUCUCUCCCAUAAUAUACUUUCUGGUCACCUGGAAGCUGGAUUCUUUCUGUCCUUGGGUCGCCUUCAGAUCCUUGAUUUGAGCUACAACCUUCUCUCUGGAGAACUACCGCUAUCUCCACCGCCAAGUUCUAUCCGAAUAGUGGAUUUGUCCAGCAAUCUAUUCAACGGAACAACUCCAUCAUCUUUCCUCCAGCGUGCAUGGAAUUUGAGCAACUUAAACGUCAGCAACAAUCUCAUUAAGGGCCAAAUACCAUCUUUCAACUGUUCUUAUUCUCCUUUUGUUAUAAGCUUGGAUUUCUCCCACACUGAUUUCAGUGGCAUAAUUCCCCUUGGACUUGGUAACUGUUCAAAAUUGGAGCUCUUUCGUGCAGGUUUCAAUAGCCUUUUGGGGACACUUCCAUGUGAUAUUCACAACGCUCGAGCACUUGAAGAAAUUUCGUUGCCUUCCAAUAAGCUUUCCGGGGCCAUUGGUGAGAACAUUGCCAAUCUUACCAACCUCGCAAUCCUGGAUCUCAACUUUAAUCAGCUGAGCGGUGCACUUCCUCUUCAUAUUGGGAAGCUCUCCAGAUUGAAGCUCAUAAUCCUCCAUUUGAACAAUCUAGAGAGUUUUCUGCCUCCGUCUCUGAUGAAUUGCUCAAGCCUUACAGAACUGAAUCUAGGAUUCAACCAAUUGGAAGGAGAUCUCUCUGUGCUUAAUUUCUCCAAACUUAGUCAACUUAUUAAGCUUGACCUAAUCCAUAAUCACUUCACCGGUCCCUUGCCAAUAAGCGUUUACUCAUGCAAGUCUUUGAUAGCACUUCGACUGAGCUUAAAUGAUCUAGAGGGACAAUUACAACAUGAAAUUCUUUCUUUAAAAUCCUUGUCUUUCCUUUCGCUUUCUAAUAACAGAUUGACCAAUGUCACAGGGGCAAUAAAGAUAUUGAAGGAUUGCAAAAGUUUAAGGAUACUCCUUUUGACAAAUAAUUUUCUAGGAGAAGAAAUGCCAGAUGGUGAUCUCAUGGUUGAUUCAUCUGGGUUCCAAAAUAUCUCCAUUAUCGCUUUGUCAAGGUGCCAAUUGACAGGAAAAGUUCCUGUAUGGCUGUCGAAGCUCGAGAAAUUGAAAGCGUUGGAUCUGUCUUUUAACAGACUCACGGGACCAAUACCUGGUUGGUUGGGGACUCUUCCAAGUCUAUCCUAUAUAAAGUUGGAUGGUAACUUCAUUUCAGGUGAAUUUCCAAAGGAGCUUUGCAGACUACAAGCUCUCAGGUCGGAAAAGGCUGCAACUCAAACAGGUCACGACGAUUUAGAGCUGCCCCUCUACUACCAAAACUUUAAUGGGCCUGUAGUUACGUUACAGGUCAAGUAUUUGUCCAACAUAUGGACAGCAAUCAGCCUCAGCAACAACAGUCUAAGUGGCAAUAUACCCCACGAUAUUGGGCAAUUGCAACUUCUCCAGCGACUGGAUAUUAGUUUUAACAAUUUGUCUGGCAACAUUCCACACCAAAUCUCGAACCUCCGAAACUUGGAGACAUUAAACCUCUCAAGAAACCAUCUUUCAGGUGAAAUCCCAGCAUCACUAUCAGGUCUUAAUUUCUUGUCUACGUUUAGUGUUGCCUACAAUAACCUCCAUGGCCAAAUACCAUUAGGCACUCAGCUCCAAAGCUUCGAUGCUACUGCCUUUGAGGGUAACCCGGGACUUUGCGGUUCCCCGCUUCCAAAUCAGUGCCAGAAGAAGAGUCCAGGUGAUAGUGAUACGACUAAGGACCAGGAAGAUGUACAUGACUCUGGGAAUGGAAUUCCAUGGCUUCAAAUUUCAGUGUCUCUUGGUUUCAUUGUAGGGUUUUGGGGAGUUUGUGGCCCUUUAGCUUUGAGUAGGUCAUGGCGUUAUGCAUAUUUUCAAAAUUUUCUCCAAUGUUGUAGAUCGCUUUGUGCGUUAAUCAAAUGUACUUUUCUUUGA